CCAUGCCUGAAAUUUAAUUCAAAGAUUCACUUAACUCACUUUUUUGAGUGUUGUCCCAAUUUAGUUCUUGAAAAAAGAAAAUCACUUCAAACCCAAAGAUACAAUCAAGUUCUGCUUAUUUUUCAAAUUGAUAAAAAGUUUUCUUUCUAUGGAUACAUAUCCGAUUAGAUCAAGUCAUUUUGUAAUUUAGCUUUUUUUGACAUAAACAUAUAGAUUCACUCAUAAAGAGCAGCAUUCUAUAAAACCAAAUGGUCUUUAUUGGAGUAUUUAUAGGGCAAAAAAAACUUCAUCCAUUAGGUUUGCCAUUUUGGAAUUCAUGUAAAUGAUUUUUUUUUUUUUAUUGCCAGCAUGAUGUCACAUGACCUCAGUAUUUGCAACCCCUUCAUUGGAUCCAGCGAUGAGAAGUCCAUCUGUUCAAUGCCCUCUUAUCUGCAGCAUUUGCACCCAGAAAUGUUUAAUCUCCCUGGAUACAGAAAUAGCUUAAGGGUUUAUAAUUCUUAUUUUUACCAGGGUAAUUAGAAUUAAAAGGAUUAGCUCUCAAAACAGAAAUACUGAAUGAAUCAUUUAAUGACACAGAAGUGGAAAUACAAUCUUAUCCGUCAAGAAGGAGUGUCCUAGAAUAAAUCAGCUAAUACACAUUAUUGCUUUGCAUACAAGGAAGGAGGGAGGGUAUAAUAAACAGAAAUGUUUGGUUGAGGUUAAGGAGGAAGAGCGGAGACGUGCGGCCGACAAUGCAGAAAAACACGGAGAACCACAUCAAGUCGUCACUCCUACUGGGAGGCCAAGCUUUAAGAAAACGUUUUACUCUGAAGUACGGAUGGAUCUUUCUGUUGUUGGCUUUCUGUGUCUUAUGGAUCAUGUUUAGCUAUCCCAACAUUGCUGAUCACAUAGUGGCUAAAUUAGCAGAACUGAAGAAGAAACUUCCCACCACUGAGGCUCCGAUUUCCACCACCAGAACUCUGAAACGUCCCACUGAGCCUCCUAAGCCAACCAGUUUCUGCUCCUUCCACUCUGUGUUACCUGAAGACGCUCUUGAGUUAGAAUCUUUAAAGAACUACAUCACCUGGCCUGAAACCCCAUCUGUCCCAGAUAACUUCUCUCUGACUGACACCAGUCAUCCUGCUCACAGCACUUUCACCAUCCUUCCACGUGACGGAGGGGGAAGUUGGCAUGUUGGUGAUCAGCUGGAGGUCUUGAUAAAAAUUAAUGACUUCAAUGGACGCCCCAAGAAAUCUGGUGGCGACAUCAUAUUUGGUCGGCUGCACAACCCAACUGUUCAUGCAGGUGUGGUGGGGAAAGUCUUUGAUCAUCACAAUGGUUCCUACACAGCUGUUUUCCCUUUACUUUGGGAAGGAAGCGCACAGGUUGAGGUGACCCUGGUCCACUCCAGUGAGGCAGUCACAGUCCUGGAAAGAAUCAACCAGGAAAAGCCUGGCAGAAUUUUUUUCCAAAGCCUCUUCCGCUCAGGCUCAGUGACUGAAGCUACCAAUUGUAACAUGUGCCUUAAGGCACUUCCGGAGCAGCUGUGCAAUCUGACUGACACCCGAACCGGUGAACCCUGGUUCUGCUACAAGCCAAAGACCCUCAAAUGUGAACACAGGAUCACCCAUGCCUUCAAAGGUUAUGUACCACAACCAAUGGGCAAGAAGGCCAAGCUCUUUCAAAGUCGUGUGAACUUGAAAGUUUCCAUUCGGUCUUCAGGACCUUCCAAAAUCACCAUUUUACCAAAACUAAAAGUUCUCAAUGAAACAGCCCCUGUUAAUAUGUCAGGAGAAGCCAUGAGAGCCAGUCCUGCUGGUUAUUACUACCAGGGCGCAUGGCGAGCACUAGACGGCACCACAGUUCAUCAGUUUAACAACGCCACAGCAAUCAGCCAGUGUCUGAAAGGGAAAGUUCUCCAUCUGUAUGGAGACUCCACCGUCAGGCAGUGGUUUGAAUUCUUAAUUGCUAAAGUUCCAGAUCUCAAGAAGUUUGACCUGAAAACCCCCCCAMAAACCGGACCCYUUAUKGCCUUGGAUUAUAAAAACAACAUUUUAUUGACGUUCCGCUGCCACGGCCCUCCKCUYCGUGCUYMURYRUUGCCRGUCAGYSAGUUCCAUUUUGUUGCCAACRAACUGGACAGUGUGGUUGGAGGCACAAACACUGUAGUUAUUUUUGGCGUCUGGGCACACUUUGGCGUUUACCCUGUGGAGGUCUACAUCCGACGUCUGCUGAGCAUAAGGAGGGCAGUGGWGAGGUUGUUGACCAGAGCUCCAGAUACUCUGGUUAUCAUCAGGACUGGUAAUCCCAAAAGGCUGAAGCUGACCGUCAACGAUUACUACGCAUUGCAGCGAGACAAGAUACUCAGAGCAAUAUUCAAAGAAGUGAAUGUCCGACUGCUGGAUGCCUGGGAGAUGACCCAAGCCCACUACCUUCCACAUGACCUCCACCCACCACAACCCAUAAUUAAGAAUAUGAUAGAUGUUAUUUUGUCCCACAUAUGUCCCCAGAGGUGAAUUGUAAAGAAACAUGGAAGAAGUAGAAGAUUGUAGAAAUGGGUGGUCUGGUAACUAUUGGUGAUUGGUAACACAUACUUACAGUUUGAUUUUUGGCACAAACUAAUUCAGCUGUACGGAAAAAACAUUAACAAAAAGAAGCAGAUGGUUGGUGUUUUAUGGGUAAAUGUAAGGACACUUUGUGGUGUAUUAAAUCUUUCAUUCCAUUAAAUAUUCAAUAAAAAACAUAACCCUAUCUAA